AGUAGUUCGUGUCUAAAGCCAGGGGGCUUGUGUAAGUAAGCCCCGCCGUUGUAGUCCCGUUUGUAGUUAUGGAGUUUUCAAGGCGUGAUAUGUAGUCGUAUUAUUGUUUAUUAAAAAAAAUCUUACUAUACAAUUUAUUCGCGGGUGGGUCUGUUUUUUUUCUGAAUCAAUCACAAGCUCUUUUUUUUUUGGUUCAUCAGUCCACCCCGUCGGUGGAUAUUUCCGCAAGGAGUUCGGAGACAUGACUGGCCACCGAAAUCCGGAAUCGUCAUCAACGUUGCGUCUUUUGCGUGCAGUAAUAAUGUACAACUAUUGCCGCGGCUGCUGAUGCUACGGGCAAGUUCUCUUGCUGAGGGCUCGUUCCACUCUCACCCUCUCUCUUUCUCUCUGGACGGUACACGCAUAAAGAGCCAUCCGUCUUUAAAAGGAUGUCACUGCUCCCGGGAUGUGCCACCAUCACGCUCGCCUUAUUCCAAGUGUUCCAGUUUACCUGCGUUCACACAAGCUCCGGCGCGCAAUUUUCGCGCCUGGGCUCCCACUACGAGGAGACGGUGGGGCCAGAGCGAUGGGCAGCGGCGGAGCGAGCAUGCCACCGCCGCUUCGGCCGCCUGGCCAGUGUCACCUCGGCCGCAGACAACGUGGCCCUGGCACGACUCCUGAGCCCGCGCGGCUCGCCGGGAUCUCGUCCCUCCCUCUGGAUCGGGGCGCGGGUCAGCUGGGCCGUGCCCGGCGACACCGACGCUUCGGGGAGGCCGGGACGCCCCCCUUCCCAAGCCUCUUCCGUCGGUGGCCUUGAGCCGCCCAGCGUCCCCGUGCUGGAGUUCCCGGAGCGCACCGACAAGAAGUUCGCUCGCCUGCACGUCCCCGUGCCCGACCUGGACGCCGUCACCGCGUGCCUGCGCGUGCAGUGCCUCGACCCGCAGCCGGGAAUCCUCACCCUCUUCUCGUACGCCGCGCCCGACUUCACCAACGCCUUCCAGCUGCGCGCCAACGUGCCCUCGGCCGCCGGCGAGGAGCUCCAGGUGGCGCUCAUCGUGCACGGCAAGCACGGCCCCUAUCGCCCGCUGCGCUCGCUGGCCGACGGCCGCUGGCGCCACGUGUGUGUCGCGUGGGGCGGACGCAACGGCUCGUGGGCCAUCUACGUGGACGGUGCCAAGCGCGAGUCCGGCCACGGCCUCAACACGGGCAGCAAGAUCGCCGGCGGAGGGGUGUUCAUCAUCGCGCAGGAGCAAGAUUCCCUGGGCGGCGCGUUCAAGCGCGACGAGGCGUUCAGCGGCAACCUCACCGACCUGCGGCUGUGGCGGCGCGAGCUGGGCGAGGUCGAGGUGGCCGCGCUGGCAUCGUCGUGCGCACCGCCCCACGCCACCAGCGACUCGUCGCUCCUCUUCUCCUGGGACCUGUGUCAGCUGGAGGUGGAGAGCUCCGUGAGCAUCUCCCAGCAUGUCCUCCAAUGCAACGAUUCCACGCCCGGAGCAGGAGCGGUGAUCGGCUUUGCCGGCGGUGGCGGUGCCCGCCGGCAAACGCCGCCCGUCACCGUGACCUGGGCCGACGGCUCCGUGUCGACCUUCCACAACGUGAGCGGCGGCGGCGGCGCUGGGGGCGCUGCGGGCGCUUGUGCUGGGGGCUGCGCCGCACUGCACCCGGCCACGGGCCGCUGGGAGGUGUCGAGCUGCGACGACAAGAAGCCCUUCCUCUGCGAGUACAGGCAGAGUGCCUACGACAGUUACCAGGCGCUGGCUACGGAGUCCGAAACGCCGUUUGCUGCCAAACUCAACGGUCUCAUCGGUGGCUCUCUGGUGUCUGACUACCUGGCGCUGAACAGCACCAAGUCGCUCGCCAACGCGUCGGAGGCGGGCGUGCUGUUGGGGGCCGCCUUGCAGGCGAUGGAGGGCGACCGCGUGGCGCUGGCUCCGGCCGACCUGCUGGCCGUCGCGCGGCUGCUGGGCAGCGUGGCCGACAUGGGCCUGGUGGAGGGAAGGCCCCACACCGGGGCCCCCGGCGACCUGGCAGGCCGCUUUGUGGCCCUCGCCAGCGGCUGUCUCUCCCCGAACAACUCGGGGCAGUGGCAGCGCAUUGAGCAGGUGGUCGGCGGCGGCCCGAUGGCUGUGGUGGAGAGUUUGGAUAAGUUCGCGUUUCAGUUGGCCGACUCGCUGUCGUCCGAAAAGCUCAACAUCACCCUCAGCGAGGAGAACAUCGAUUUGCGCAUUGAGCGUUUGGAGCUGGAGGGCGUGCGAGUGAGCGGAGUGGUCUUCAACCCCAGUGACGAAGCCGAAAGCCAGAGCAGCAACCAGAUCGAGAUACCCGCAGCAGAGGUUGAGAGAUUGCUAUCCGCAGGGCAUGAAGCGCUUACCUUCAUUCACGCUCAUUACAGCAGCCUUCCGGCUCUAUUUGGCUCUGACGCUGCCUUGCAUCAGUACAGCAGGGGCCCCGUGUUCCUCACCAAGGAUGGCAGAACACGGAGAGAGCAGAGAGUUCUGGGAACAUCUGUCGUUUCAUCUUCAACGCGAUUACCCAGAGUUCCUGGCGGGGCCCCAACUGAGAUAUCAACAUCCGUGCAGUACAUGCUGCAUCAUGUCACUCAGGCCGUGUCUCUAAAACCUGCGAAACCCAUGUGUGUAUUCUGGGAUUUUAAGCCACAGAUGGGAUCGGGGGGCGGCUGGUCAGACAAAGGCUGCAAGCUGAUCCGCACCGGCACUGAGUCCACGUCGUGCUUUUGCAACCACACGACCAAUUUCGCCGUGCUCCUGCAGGUGGUGGAGGUCGAGCGGACAGACGCCGAGGAGGACAUCCUCAACGUGCUCACCUUCGUCGGGUCCGGAGCGUCGCUCUGCGCUCUCGUCGUCACCCUGACGCUCUUUGUCGUGCUCGACAUCCCCAAGUCUGACCGGACGUCCAUCCACAAGAACCUCUUCCUCGCGCUGACCGCAGCUCAGAUCGUGCUGCUGUGCAGUGGCUCCACCACCACGAACAGGGUGGCGUGCACGGCUGUGACGGCUCUGCUCCAUCUCUUCUUCAUGGCCGCGUUCAUGUGGAUGCUGGUGGAGGGGCUCCUCCUGUGGAGCAAAGUGGUCACGGUGAACCUGAGUGAGGAGAGCCGCAUGAAGCACUACUACCUCAUCGGCUGGGGAAUCCCGGUGCUGAUUGUGGCAAUCACGUUGGCGGCCGCGCACGAGGACUACACGGCCGCGCGUCAUUGCUGGCUCAACGUGCACAGCGGGGUCAUCUGGGCCUUCGUAGGGCCCGUGCUCUUCAUCAUUGCGGUCAACGUGCUCGUGCUGGGUCGGGUGCUGGCUAUCACCAUGGCAACGGCCAAGCGGCGCUCCAUCAUGUUGGCCGUGAGCAGUGGUCCCAGCGAGCAGGCCUACGAUCAAAUAAGGGCGGCCAUCAAGGCGGUGAUCGUCCUGCUGCCCAUCCUGGGACUCACGUGGCUCUGCGGAGUGCUCGUGCACCUGGCGCCCGCGCUCGCCUACCUGUUCAUCGCUCUCAACUCGCUUCAGGGGCUCUUCAUCUUCCUCAUUUACGGAGUGUACAACACAGAGGUACGGAACACGAUCAAGAGAAUGAAGGAAAGACGCAAAGCUCUCUCCUUCUCGAACUGUGCGGCCAGCUCGCGUCCCUCCAGCUCGCUCACGAGCUCGCGCCCCACCACGGCGCCCGGCCCGGACGGCGACGGCGCCGCGAGUCUCUCGGCCCGCAGCCCUGAGCUGCCCCCCCCUGCGGGUUCGGCGCGGCCACCCGCGGCUCCUCUCCCCCCCGCCGCCUCCCCGCCACCGCCACCGCCGCUGCUGCCGGCGCAGCAGCAGCAGCAGGAGCAGCGGUGGCCGACGCCGCCGUUGUCACCGCCGUCGACGAUCCGGCGGCUGUCGGAGCACGUGGCGCUGGACCCACGCGGGGGCUUCGCGUGCGAGGACAGCCCCCGGCGCCGCCACCACUACGAGAACCCCGUCAUGGAGCGACAGGUGUCAACGCUCAGCCUGGGGCCCACGGGGACCGGCGGAGCCUCCGCCUACAGCCCCCCCAGCCACGACACUUCACAACAGGUGUGUGAGGCUGUUCUGCCCGGCGUGCUGGGUCCCUGCUGCAGCCUGCACGUGCCCUCAGACCGCGACUGGGUGCCCUCCUCCUCAUCCUCCUCCUCAUCACCCUCCUCCUCGUCUCCCGCCUCCUCCUCAUCGCCCGCCGCCGACGACGCCGGCCUCCGCUGCAGCAGGAACAGCACCUUCCUUGAGUGAAGAGCUCUUCUACGCUGUCAUCGGGCAGCGGCAGAGCGAUGGCUCGGCUUUUAUGGGCGACGGAAAACGACCGUCUCGGACUUUCCACACUCACGUGUCGUGCCGCGCGCUGAGACGGCUGCCACUGGGAGGGCCCCUGGACCGUAGCGGUGCGCUGCAAUGGUUGUUGAGGGGAGAUGGGAUGUGUCAGGCGCGAUGGGAUGUUAAGGCAUUUAAGCGAGCCCCCACGAAAUGCAAAUCCUUGUCUUGACGAAAUGACCACGGGCGCCCUGGCGAAAAUAUGCCAUUGUGUUUUUCAUGCCUUACAACUAAGGUUGAAAGUGUUUGUCCAUUAGCUCUGUCUGUCUGUCCGUCUGUGAUGGGGGCACGGGGAGGGCGCUGGGACCAUUGUAACGCUCGUGAACAUGAACCAAUAUGAACCGACCUGUAGCAUAGCGUUGUGUUGCUAUUAAACACCCUGUUGUUGAAAACUGGCCACUUUGAUCAAAGCGUUUCCGAAAAACUGUGAGACACAAGCCAGCGUAAAAAGUACCAUUUUGAAAAUUAGCAAAAUGCAUUUUUGCCCAAACGCCGACCUGUCCGUCGCCUUCCGUACCGCCGAUUCAUUCUCCACCGAAGACAAUCGCGUGUUGGCAAGCGUCACGUACUCCGCGCGCGCGCACACACAUUGUUUUCUCGCUUUGUUUUAAUUGCGAUCGUUGCUUUUUUCUCAUCUCUUCCCCAAAUGUAUUGACAAUUGUGCUCACUGGUGUCACGCUGUGGGAUGGCGACGUCGCCGUCGGGAGCUCUCGCAAGCUUAGCAGUGCAUCACCACGUGUCAGAGACCAAUUCUUGAGCGAUGGCAACGCGCAGUUGCUUCCGAAGUCACUUAAAUCGACUUACUUUUUAUUUAUUACCCCCCCUCCCCUCCACGAGAUGAACCUCGUGAUGUCCUGCAACUAGUUAAGUUUUCGGCGCACGUCGAACAAACCGACCACUUAGGACAAAUUCGGUGAAAAACCAAAUGCGUGGUAUUUUUUAUUUUUUUGCGGUCGUUAGUGACCAUGCUGAAUCCAUGAGCCUGCUACACGUGGCGAGCGCCGAAUAUAAUCGCGUCAUUCCAUUGCUACGAAGAAGGACGAUAGCCCCUCAUACGUCGCCCAUCAUAUUCAUCCGCUGCAGGCCACGAGCUGCCAACGACGAACUUGUUGAGUUGUUUUUGUCACCGUAAUCUCGGGUGGCGACUUGGAUUUAAACCCAGGAUCUCAGCGGUACCAGCUCAGUACUCGACCCUUGAGCCACCCGGCCAGGUCACGGAUUGGCCCCAUUCCUGGCGACGGAGUCCAUUGGCCCAUUUUCAUCAAAACUCAACGCAAAUAACGCAUUUGCAGGCCGGGAGUUGUAUUUUCAGCCCAGAUUCCAGUGGCAUGGGCCAAGAGGUGCAGAUUGUUAAUUGGAAUGCGUUGGAAUGCAACACGUACCAAGAUAAAAGUUGAGGUUUUCUCCAAAUGAAAGUGAUAAUUUGCUCGUGUUCACUUCUGUUAGCUGUCCCGAGCCAGUAUUGGAAAACUCAACAUUCCUCUGGCAGAUGUUAUCCUGUCCAUAAAACCGCCAGCGCCGACUUCCCACCAAAAUGUAUCGGUAAUGGGCAUGCCUGGUUCUCUUGGGAAGCCGUUGUCUGUACCGCGUGGAGGAAGCCACGACAAAGCCACGGAUGUCGCCUUCCAAUUUACACGGCGGACUCCUCGUGUGUGCGCGCGCUGCCGGAUUGAGCCGCACGCCGUUGUGUAGCUUGGCGCAAUGUCAACCGUUGCGCCGCACGUGUCGGGAGCUUCUUCGGGAACUGAAUCGCAAUCUCCUACAACUCACGUGGUAGUAGCAGUAACACCAUGACACUAUCUGCACGUGCUGCCUGAUAAGUAAAACAACCUGAUGCAGAGUUUUUCGGACUUCCAAACUGGAGGGACUGGCCACCACUGCCCUCCGCACCAUCCUGCUUCAGUCUCCAAGUCUCCAUCGUUUCCCCCUCCCCUCCAACCCCCACAUCUCUUCGCGUGCACAAUUAUCACCAACUUGGCCUUGGGGAAAAAAAUUCCUUGUUUUUGGAGUCGCCGUCCCAAGCGCGCACCUCCAGACUCGCGGAGGCGCGUGCAUAAACGUAAAUUAAAAUUGUUUUUGCUCGCCCGUGACAUAUUCUCUUUCACACACGGCAAGGCGGCUCGCUGGACGGCCGUGGGGUUAUUUUUCUUCUAUUCCAGAGGCUAAUUAAUGGGAGACUGGCUGCUGGGGUAUUCAUUGCAUGGGGCUCGACCAAAACUCAUGAAAACAAAACCCUUUGCCUAAACCCUCCAGGGCUGCAACACCGUUUGAGGCUCUGUACCAACGAGUGUAAACACUCAUUAACGGGGUUGGCGGCCAAACAUUCCAAUGUAGAACCACAGAGCGCGGGCAAUUGUCGCUGUUGGAAGCGCCGGUUCUAGUUUCCCCGCGCCAGGCCUCCGUGGGAAAUCCUGGGCGGCUUUCAAAUUCCACAGCGGCGUUUCGAGAUGAGCCUUGCAUGAAAAUGAUGAUGAUAUUGUAAGAUAAUCUACUCUUUUUACUCUACCAGGUAAGGCCCACUGAGCUGUAUAACUCUUUUUGAGAAAUGGCAUGGGCACAAAUGAUCGCUCAACGAAGUGGCUUAUCGUCGUGUGGAAAUUUUGAGCAGCCAAAUACUACACUCGAAUCGCUUGGGAAAAAUGUCAGAGGAUCCUGAGAAAAAUCCACGCGACCACAGGGAGAGAACACACAAACUCCAAAUAUCCACGCGUCAGAGUGGGAAUCGAACCCACGACCUCCUGUAUACCAGGCGAGGUAGUUAACAUCUCGCCACUGUGGCCCCAUCAACACCAACAUGUUAGUGACAGGGGCCAAAACGUAGCAGCAGCAUUAGGCAUCAAGUUGUAGACCAGGCUGCACCGCCUAUCGCCGCCACUCUAAUAACACGAACAUGGUUCAUCGUUAAGUUGAAACUGGGUUCGUGGUACAUUUCAUCUUCCAGAGGAACGGUUGAUACGUGUCCUAACAGAGCCCUCGUGUGCUAUCCCUCGCUCAGCUAAGUGGAGUUUGACUCGUUCUCUGUAUCCAAUGGGUGACGUGGAAUAGACCUUGCAGGCCUUUGGGGCAAGUGAACACAACUGUUGAGGCCGGUCUGGUGCACGACGGGGUGGUAUGGUCAGCACCACUCCCGGCCCUAUUUGUCUCCCCCAGUGAGUCAACCUAGGAGAGGCCCAGAAACGGUUCAGAUAUUCGCCACUGCUCUUGCCCGUGAGCGGGAAUCGAACUCGAGCGAUUGGGUUCGUCGGUCAUUGCGCUAAUCGCUGCGCCACCACUCCAUACACACGCCACGAGCAGCACAGCGUCACGGCCUCGUGUCAAAAAACAGAACAAUAGUGAAAGUAAUAAUGACAGUCGUUAAUAAUAUAUAUGAAAAAACCUACAAUGUCUCGAAUGUUUAUUUAUUUUUUCUGGUUGUGUGGCUGGCAUGGCGUCCGACGCAACGCGAAAAAGUGUCAGGCUCCGGCACGCGGCGAAAAACGUCGGACUUCGUGCCGUGCGACGCGCAGCGGCACGCCCCGCAAACCGCGCGUGCGAGAGCCGUGACGUCGCAACCGCGAAGAGCUGCCCGGUUCGCAGCGGUGCCGAGCCCACGCAAGGCCCGCAAAAUUCCAGAGCUGCGCUGCGACGCGAACGUUCUAACGGCGAACCACGAGGCAACGAAAGAAACCGCGUCCCCCGCGGGGUUCCGUCGAUUGGUCCCGGUGGAACUCGCCGUGCCUAGGACACGUAACUCACCGCGCGCUCCGGUCUCCCCGUGUUGUUCGCGUGCGUGUCGACACCUACCUGCAAAUGCUCGCGUUUAAUGAAGUCGGGCGGAUCGAGUGCCGCGUGCGGAUUACGUCCGCGCGUCUCUCGAAGGAGAACAACAACGGCAAAGGUCUCGCCCUCCGGUGUGGCUUUCGAGCCGUGCCACGCGGCGCUCCGCGCGCGAUGUCCGACGUUUCGCUUCCACGUUCCGGGGAGCCUCUUGACGGGCUGAAGGUUUCACUUUCUGAUGACACGCCGGAGAGCGGCCACAACGCAGAGCGUGGCCGCGAAAGCCCACGCAGCAG